GUCCCUAUACCUUUAGUAUCUGUGAUACCUCCAGCUUCUCUGAGUACAUCCGUGGAGGCAUUGUCAGUCAAGUGAAAGUAUCUCAGAAGAUCAGUUUUAAACCCUUACUCGCUUCGCUGGCCGAGCCAGAGUUUGUGGUAACAGAUUUUGCUAAGUGCUGUCGUCCUGCUCAGCUCCACAUUGGCUUCCAGGCCCUACAUCAGUUCUGUACUCAGCAUGGAAGGCCUCCUCGGCCCCAUAAUGAGGAGGAUGCUACAGAAAUGGUGACCUUAGCACAAGCUGUGAAUGCUCAAGCAUUGCCAGCAGUUCAGCAGGAUAGCCUGGACAUAGACCUCAUCCGGAAGUUGGCCUAUGUAGCAGCUGGGGAUCUGGCACCCAUGAAUGCCUUCAUUGGUGGUUUGGCUGCCCAAGAGGUCAUGAAGGCUUGUUCUGGAAAGUUUAUGCCCAUUAGGCAGUGGCUGUACUUUGAUGCCCUUGAAUGUCUCCCGGAGCACAGAGUGCCCUUCAUGGAAGAUAAGUGCCUGCCGCGCCAGAACCGUUACGAUGGGCAGGUAGCUGUAUUUGGAUCAGACCUACAAGAGAAGCUUGGCAAGCAGAAGUACUUCCUGGUAGGUGCAGGUGCCAUUGGCUGUGAGCUGCUCAAGAACUUUGCCAUGAUUGGCCUUGGCUGUGGGGAGGACGGAGAAAUCACAGUUACAGACAUGGACACCAUUGAGAAGUCAAACCUGAACAGACAGUUUCUCUUCCGUCCCUGGGACGUCACAAAAUUAAAGUCUGAGACUGCUGCUGCAGCAGUGCGUGACAUAAAUCCACACAUCAGGGUAUUCAGCCACCAGAAUCGAGUAGGCCCUGAGACAGAACACGUCUAUGAUGAUGACUUCUUCCAAAACUUGGAUGGUGUGGCCAAUGCCCUAGACAAUGUGGAUGCUCGAUUAUACGUGGACCGCCGUUGUGUUUACUAUCGUAAGCCUCUGCUGGAAUCAGGCACUCUGGGCACCAAGGGCAACGUGCAGGUGGUUGUUCCCUUCUUGACAGAAUCUUACAGCUCAAGCCAGGACCCACCUGAGAAAUCCAUCCCCAUCUGCACACUGAAGAACUUCCCUAAUGCCAUUGAACACACCCUGCAGUGGGCUCGGGAUGAGUUUGAAGGUCUCUUCAAGCAGUCAGCGGAAAACGUUAACCAAUACCUCACGGACCCCAAGUUCAUGGAGCGGACACUGCAGCUAGCAGGCACCCAGCCUUUGGAAGUACUGGAGGCUAUACAGUGCAGCCUGGUCCUGCAGAGGCCACAGACUUGGGCCGACUGUGUGACGUGGGCCUACCAGCACUGGCACACCCAGUAUUCUCACAACAUCCAGCAGUUGCUGCACAACUUCCCUCCAGACCAGCUUACGAGCUCUGGAGCACUCUUUUGGUCAGGACCAAAACGCUGUCCACAUCCGCUCACCUUUGACACAAACAAUCCCCUGCAUCUGGAUUAUGUGAUGGCUGCUGCCAACCUGUUUGCUCAGACAUACGGACUAGGAGGGUCCCAGGACUGUGCCUCUGUGGCCAAAGUCCUGCAGUCUCUGCCGGUCCCCAAGUUUUCUCCCAAGUCUGGCAUCAAGAUCCAUGUUUCUGAGCAGGAGCUGCAGAGUACCAGUGCCACCGUCGAUGACAGCCACCUGGAGGAACUCAAGACUUCACUUCCUACUCCAGACAAGCUGCUUGGAUUCAAGAUGUACCCCAUUGACUUUGAGAAGGAUGAUGACAGCAACUUUCACAUGGAUUUCAUUGUGGCUGCAUCCAACCUACGAGCUGAAAACUAUGACAUCUCCCCUGCAGACCGGCAUAAGAGCAAACUGAUUGCAGGCAAGAUCAUCCCAGCCAUUGCAACCACCACAUCAGCUGUAGUUGGCCUUGUGUGUCUGGAGCUGUACAAGGUGGUUCAGGGCCACCAACAACUGGAGUCUUACAAAAACAGUUUUAUCAACUUGGCUCUGCCUUUCUUUAGCCUCUCUACACCUCUGGCUCCAGCGUGUCACCAGUACUAUGAUCAAGAGUGGACAUUGUGGGAUCGUUUUGAUGUGCAGGGACUGCAACCUAGUGGUGAGGAGAUGACCCUCAAGCAGUUUCUAGACUACUUUAAGACAGAGCACAAACUGGAAAUCACCAUGCUGUCCCAGGGUGUGUCCAUGCUGUAUUCCUUCUUUAUGCCAGCCACCAAGCUCAAGGAACGGUUGGAUCAGCCGAUGACAGAGAUCGUGAGCCGUGUGUCAAAGCGAAAACUGGGCCAUCAUGUGAAGUCCCUUGUGUUUGAGCUGUGCUGCAACAAUGAGAGUGGAGACGACAUCGAGGUUCCUUAUGUACGAUACAUCAUCCGCUGAUCUCUUACUCAAUUCUUUCAGUUCUCUCAGACUACAUCAAGACCUUUCUAGUUAUGAUGAAACCUGAGUUUAAACCUCCUUGUUCCUAAGGCCUUUGUUUAGUGCUGUUUUUACAUUGUUAAGUACUGGAAUUCAUAAUAAUAAAUUUUCAGCUUGUGA